AUGGACACCCCCCUCCCCUCCUCACCCUCAACCUGGCGCAUCCUCACCUCUUACCUCCUAGUCUCCGUCUCCUGGGGAUUCACAACGCCCUUCCUCCGCCUCGCAGCCCUCUCCACUCCCUCUCCACCAGCUCGUCCUGCCCUCUCGGACCCAAACGCCCCUUGGCUAAAACGCAAAGUCCUAAGCGGCGUGUAUGCCGUGGUGGAUUUACUGCGAAAUCCCAAAUAUGCGAUCCCGCUUCUGGUGAAUGUGACGGGGAGCGUGUGGUUCUUUUUGCUUGUGGGGGAGGCUGAGUUGAGUCUGACGGUGCCAAUCACAAAUUCGUUGGCGUUCCUGUUUACGGUAUUAGGGGAGUGGUGGGCGGAGGGGAAGGUGAUCUCGAGAGGUUUGUUACUUCGUCUUCUUGGUAGUGUGGAUAAGAGACUCAUGAUCAGCAGAUACCUGGCUGGGUAUGACUUUGGUGCUCGUCGGUAUAGCGCUGUGUGUUCACGCGAAGACUUAAAUGAGGAGAAGUUGAAGUCUUAA